GAGCGAGCACGGUUGAGCGAAAUCCGCGUGAAGUUGAGUCAGGGGUGUAGCCUACUCGGGAAGCGCUGAGACGGGACGAAUGUUUCCACUAGCGAGUGUACAGUGAGCGAAUUGGAUGUGCAGUGAAAUACACCGAAACUGAAUAUUGUGACUUGAAACUUUUAAAUCUAAAUUAACGAGUGUAAAAGUCGGAGCCACUACAACCCUGCACAGCAAACUGAAACGGUGCGAGAGAGCGGGACCACAGCGCCAGCGUGCGGUGAAAGAGUGAACUACUAACGCUUCGAGUUUUCUACAGCGAGGGAAAGAGAGAGUGGUUAAACCCGACGCCCGAGUGAGCGAGCGAGGAUCAAAUUUGAAGAUGGCGAAUAGUGAAAACCGAACAACCGUGCCAACAGUUUUAAUGAUUUUCGGCGUGUGGUUAUAAGAAGCUCAUGCGGUAAUUGACUAUUUUCGGUUGAGAAAAGCUUCAGUAAUCGAUAAAGUACAAAAUGUCUCUAGAAAGUUGCGUGGAACAAGCAGAAAGCGUGCGUUUUUUGCGGCACCCCGAAGAUGUCGGCCUUCUCGGCCACCCGAACGUGAAGGCAACUGGCCCCGAAGCAGUGCCGAUAGCCGACGACGGUGGCCCGACCACCGCACCGGCGAUAGCAGCGCCGCCAGAAACCACCACCAGUGAUGGCGGCGCUAGUGAUGUACCGUUGAACGAUCUGGACCCCAACCGUGCAGUUGCAGCCGUUCAAACGGAGAGCGAACGGUUGGCAGCCCCGAAUAACAGCGGCAACGUGCGCAAUAAAGGCAACAACAAUGGCAACACCAACGUUGGUGCGACCGGCACCAUCAAGCGUAAGAGACGCCGCGGAAAAUCGAAGCGUGGAAAAUCGUGCCCGACCCAGCCGUACAGCAGGACUACCCAAUGGAAGUACCACAGCGGCAACUUCAAACGGCGCCAGGAGUACCUGCUGGCGACUGCGCGACGCAAUACGCCGUUCCUGCAGUCGGAUCAGCCCCCGCUAGUGCCAUACAACACUAAUCGCUUCCUGAUGGAAGAUCACAUGCCGCAAGUGCUAACGCCCUCAGGUAGAACGCGCGAUUCAAGUUUGUCGAUAGAUUCAGAAGAAAAUUAUUUUUACUCACUACCAGAGGACGAAGAGGAUUUCCUCACCAAGGAUUUCGCGGUCGUGUACGAAAAGGAGCGUUGCGAGCAGCUCGAAAACCUGAGCCAUCCGGAGCUCAUACAGGAGUACAUAAAGUUGCUUCUCGAUCACGAGCAGGUAACGCGGCGCCUCAACGCACUAAGUGCCAGUAGUUCCGCUUCCGCCAAGAACACAGCGAACAACAGUAGUGGUGGUAGAGGCGAUGAGCCAAUGGCUGGCGAGGCGGCUGAUGCAGACCGGGAUAAUGACAACGGGUGCAGCAGUGGUGGCAUUUCCAAAGAAAAACGUUUAGAGGAACGCGUUCGAGAGCUGACGGUAGAGAACUUCGAACUACGUCGGCAACUGGAGCACACCAACCGCAUGGUGCUUUCUGCCAAAUCAUCACCUCGCUACGGAGCACCCACAUCAUCAGCAUUCCUAGGCUUAGACCAGCGGAUGGAUGGCGUUGGAGGAGAAAAUCGACGUAAUGAUGGCAGCACCAGCGAAGACAGUGAAUCAGACAGUUCCAGUACGAACACCAACAGUGGAAAAAGCAAAAGUAGUAGCAGUAGCUCCAGUAGUAGUAGCAGUGCCAGUAGCAUGAGCGACGCAGAAGCCGACGAACCUAUGGCUGCUGCAGAACCGUCUUCCGGCGAUGCGCCGUACGGUCACAUGAACGGGAGGGUACAUCAUUCACCACUGCCUUCGCCUCGGUUGGAGGCAGAUUCACCGAUGGCAAAUGGGGCUGAUCUUAGCGAAGACGACAACGCAGAUUUGCCGCUUUCCCCGCGACCACCGUUAGCUGUGGAAUGAUAAGCGAUGAGGGCCACAAGUAUGCUUUUAAAGACGAUGGCAGAAUAUGUUUGCGUUUGAAUGUCCUACUACUAUUCAUAUCAGUUUAGGUUGACGGAUUUUGGAUGAUCGAAUUAUGACAUGUUUCUAUCUGCAUCGUGUGAACGUGUUAUUAUCAAAGAACCUAUCGGUCAACAUUACCAAAAAGAAGAUAGAAAGAAAAAUUCUCAAUAUUUGAGAGUGAUGGGCGCGCUGCUGCGGUUUUCGAGAAUCAUACGGGCAUACGAGAAAGGCGGUUUGAAUUGUAACUGAGUUUGAAAGAUGUGGUUCCUCAUCUCUUGCUUUUAUUAUAAAUUAAUCGUUAACAUUUUUAUCGUUUCGUGCAAGUGAGAAUAGGCAUGUUAACGAAGCAGAAACAUGAAAAAGAGAACGGAUUGAGCAGCAGAAAGGAUUGAUUUUUUGUUAAACAAAAUUUGUUUCUACUUUAGCUCUUUAAGUAUUAAGAUCGAGGAAUACGUUUGAGAAAAUAAACAACACCUAAACCGGAUCAAAACUGAAUUAAUAAGGUACUGGUACCGCGGUACUGUACUCUGGCAAAAAGUUGUGGGAAAGGAAAUUUGCAAACUUAAAAAGAAAAAUUAAAAUCCACAUAAAAAUAGCAAAACUCCUUUUAUGUAAAAUCAACAAAAACUAUGCAAAGUCUUCUGGGCGAACUGCCAGAGAAGAGAUGAAAGGCAAAGAAGAUCGAAUAUUUGCUAACGGCACUAGAACGGGAAGGAUAUUAUACACAUAAUUGCAAGAAUAUGUAGCGUAUAACGAUAUACCUUAUACAAACAUAUACAAGGAAAAAAACCAAGGCGACAAUGCAAAUGGUAUGUGAUUUCUCUUUUCUCUACAACAAAAAACGUAAAAUGUAGCACACAAAACGGACAUAAACAUUGUUGGAACAAUACAAUCUUUCAACCAAGUCACUUUUAUUGACCGCAAACGAAUGCGGUAACAUAGGUGAAAUGUGAUGAAUGUGAUUCGAUAAUAAACUAAGCAUACGGACGGAUGUUGGUUUCGCGAAGAUGGUGAUAAAACGACUAAUACCACAAUUGGCAUUAAUUGACAAGUUCUAUUAUGCACACCACGCAAAAAGUGGUGUGUUGGCAAAUUUUGAAAUUUUACGUUUAACGUUUUCAGUUUCAACAAAAAAGAAAACAUACACCUGGCCCCUUUGCAUGGCGUAAGAGAAGUUUAGAAGCUGUUAGUACAUAUUGGUUUGAUAGACAAGGACACGGUAAAUAUAAUGGAAAAAGAACAUAUUUAACAGAAGAGGUGAAUGCGAUGAGAUAUCAAUAUUUCAUUGCUGUUACCGUUAUUAUACAAGUGUAACAUUUGGCACAAACUAAAAAUAAAAUCAAUAGUUCAGACAACCAUCGAACUGGUGGCGAACCUGGAAAUCCGCAUGCGAAGGCAUUCCGUGACCAACAAAUUUCUAAACAUGUGAAUGUGUACAAUGAAUUUGGUGGCCACCGAUGAUCCUUUCGCUAUGUUUAUCGCAUCCAAAAGUAGGAAGAUCGUAGGAUCGUAUCCAGUGAUAUCACAAGUCGCCAUGCAAUUUUUAAGAUGAAGAGUUAAAAGGCAAUGGUGGAAAUGGUCUGCUCGAUUGAAACACAUUUGCUGUAAGUGUACGAUGCUUGCUGCAAGUAAUACAAAAUAAA